GGACCGGACCGGACACACGCCCAGAAAGCCCUGCAGCAGAACUGCAGAAGACACGGCCGCGGCAGAAGAGCCCAAAUCACGGCCGCAAAAGCCACGCACGCGGCGCUUGUCCUGCGCGGCGCACGGAAACCCACCUCCACGGCGGCACCCCGUGCGUCGGCUGCUUGCUGCCCCAGUGCCGCCCCGCGUUCCCUUCGCUCCCGCCGACACCGACGCCGCCACUGCCACCGCCGGCAUGGCGACCCCGCUCCGCGCCACCGCGGUCCUCGCGUGGGGUUCCGGGGAGGACGGGCAGCUGGGCAUGGGCGGGAACGAGGAGAAGGACUGGCCCCACUUCGUUGAGGCGCUGGGGCCCUACGCCGUCACCGCCGUCGUCGCCGGCAGCCGCAACUCCCUCGCCAUCUGCGACGACGGCCGCCUGUUCACAUGGGGAUGGAACCAACGCGGCACGCUCGGGCACCCGCCGGAGACCAAGACGGAGAGCUCCCCGGGCCCCGUCGACGCUCUCGCGGGUUUCAAGAUCGUCCAGGCGGCGAUUGGCGGGUGGCAUUGCCUCGCAGUUGACGACAAGGGGCGCGCCUACGCCUGGGGUGGAAACGAGUACGGGCAGUGUGGUGAGGAGCCUGAGAGGAAGGAGGACGGGACGAGGGCGCUCAGGAGGGACAUCCCGAUCCCGCAGCGGUGCGCGCUCAAGCUCAAAGUCCGGCAAGUAGCCGCUGGAGGGACACAUUCAGUAGUUUUGACUCAAGAAGGUCACGUCUGGACAUGGGGACAGCCAUGGCCUCCGGGUGAUAUCAAGCAAAUAUCUACACCUGUACGUGUGCAAGGCCUUGAGAAAGUGAGGGUCAUUGCUGUAGGUGCAUUCCAUAAUUUGGCACUAACGGAGGAUGUAAUUUUGUGGGCAUGGGGUAAUAAUGAGUAUGGUCAGCUGGGGACUGGAGAUACCCAACCAAGAUCACAACCGAUACGUGUCGAAGGGCUAUCUGAUCUCUCACUGGUUGACAUUGCUGCUGGAGGCUGGCAUUCAACUGCACUAACUAUAGAUGGAGAGGUGUAUGCUUGGGGGAGAGGAGAGCACGGGAGGCUUGGAUUUGGAGAUGAUAAGAGUAGUCACAUGGUGCCCCUAAAGGUUGAGCUUCUAGCUGGAGAGGAUAUUGUUCAGGUAUCAUGUGGAGGAACACAUUCAGUUGCGCUAGCUCGAGAUGGCCGAAUGUUUUCUUACGGGAGGGGCGACCAUGGCCGUCUAGGCUACGGCAGGAAGGUGACGACGGGCCACCCCAUGGAAUUGCCCAUCAACCUGCCGCCGCUCAGCAGCAGCCGCGACGGUCGGUGGCAGGCGAAAUACGUGGCUUGUGGCGGGCGGCACACCCUCGCUAUUGCGGAGUGGACAGAGGCCACUGAUUGAUCACGUAGCGUUUGUGGAAUAAGCACAAGGCCGGUGCCAACGGGCGUAGGUGGGGCUGCAGUCGAUGGCGCUGCCGGCCGCCGCGGUCGGUACUUACCAGAAGUAGUUCAGUACCGACUGCCAUUGCCAUGUGUCGUCUUUUAAUUAGUUGAUGUCCAAUAAAUUCAUAAGUUUUUUUUAAAAAAGUCUAAGUAAUCUGAAAAGGUAUUUAUGAAUUAUGUAACUUUUUUACUUUUUGGUAUUAUGUAUUUUUUAUGUUUUAUGAGUUAUGUAAAUUUUAUUUAUGAUUUAUAAAUUACAUACUGUGUAUUUAUAUUCAUGAACUAUAUACUUUUUUAUUUGUUUACUUA